GAUUACAGAAAAAAAACAAACAAACGCGUGAUUUGUUAUUGAUAAAAGUUUUCGUUAAUAAACAACAAUCCUACCACAAUUGCAUUGUUUAUCGUUUAAGAGAAAUUUAACAUUUUCUUAAGUACGUUUUUUUUUUAAAAAGUUUUUCCACGUAAUUCACUUUAGCCUCAAAUUUCAAUCCCAAAAAUGGGAGGAAAUCUUUUAAAAAAAUCUUGCAGAAUAUGCUUCAGUGAACACCAGCAACUAAGAUCAAUUUUUCAGCCCUACGAGAACACAGGAACCGAUUUAUUAAUUUCACAAAUGAUAAUGUCUUAUACUUCAUUGAUGAUAACGCUAGGAGAUGGUUUACCUGAAGGGAUUUGCCAAAAUUGUUCUGAGCAAGCUGCCAGAUGCUACUUAUUUAAAUUAAAAUGUGAAGAGGCAGAUUUAGCUUUGCGAAAACAAUUAUCCCAAUCACUAUACAACAGUAUUGAAAGUGGUCACAAUAUAGAUGAUAAGUUGUUUGUGGAACCUAAACAUAAUGAAGUUGAUCAUGAUGGUGAUUCAGAAUGUACCUUUGAAUUUAAGGAAGAAGAUCACCCCUUUUUUGAGGAAAAUUCUGUGAAAAAUGAACAGGAAGACAAAAAAUUACAAGAAAAAAAUAGUGAAUAUAACAGGGCAGUGAUAUUGGAAAAAAAUCAAUGUACUAUUUGUCAUAAAAUAUUUUCCAGUCAAAGACUUCUCACAAAACACAAGAAGUUUCAUAAUCAAAAAUAUGUUUGCGGGGUUUGUAAAAAAAAGUUUUCCACUAUUCAAUUUUUAGAGCGUCAUAAAGUUCAACAUUCUUCAGAAAAUAAGAUUACAAAAGAAAGUUUUGAUUCUUCUGAAGAAGCUAACAGCAACCAUAAAAAAAUUUUUACGAAAAAUACAUGCAUGGUAUGCAACAAAGCGUUUGUUAAAAAGAGAGAAUUUAUGGCUCAUUUGAUUACUCAUACAGACAAAAAAGACAAUCACAUCGAAUGCCAUAUUUGCCAUAAAAAAUUGACUGAAACUACAAACUUAACUAGGCAUUUAAUGAUUCAUUCUGCUAUAAAGCCACAUGUUUGUAAUUUAUGUUCAAAAGGAUUUGCAAGAACUGAGCAACUAAACAAUCACAUGACUGUUCAUUUUGGCAUUAGGCCACAUGUCUGUAAAAUUUGUGGAAAAGGGUUUAAUAAAUCGUUCUAUUUGAAAACUCAUAUGAAAAUUCAUAAUGAAGAGAAACCAUAUUUAUGCACUAUAUGUGGACGAGUAUUUAAACAGCUUGGGAAUUUAAAACAACAUACCAUAAGACAUAGCGGAGUCAAAAGCAAUCUUUGCAGUGUGUGUGGCAAAGGGUUUGCAAGCAAAUGGGAACUUUGUGCACAUUUGCCAGUACAUACAGGUAUUCGCCCAUUCGUAUGUUGUACGUGUAAUAGAGGCUUUACAACGUCAAACUCUCUCAAAAAACAUAUGCGUAUUCAUUCAGGGGAAAAACCGUAUGAAUGUGAAUUAUGUAAGAUGAGAUUUUUGCAUUCGGCAAUGUUUACUAGACAUAAACGGACACAUUCCGGAGAAAAGCCUUACGCUUGUCCCACCUGCCCAAAAGCUUUUGCUCAAAAAAAUGAUCUAAUGGCACAUCAGCGAAUUCAUACAGGGGAACGACCGUUUAUUUGCGAUAAAUGCGGUCAAGCAUUUAAAAGAAAUUACGGACUGAAAAGGCAUAAAAAAAUACAUAUUGAUAAAUAAAAUG